UUUUAUCUCCACCGCACCAUUUGUCACCAAAAGAUCAUAAUCGUCAAUCACACACCCAAUCAAAUCAAAUUCCGAAUAAAAACUGCCAAAGAAAUGGAGAACAACCAGCAAGCGCAAUCGUCCGCGGCGUACCCAGCGCCGGCGGCACCGACUGCCGCUCCCUACCACCACCUGCUGCAGCAGCAACAGCAGCAGCUCCAGAUGUUCUGGUCUUAUCAGAGGCAGGAGAUCGAGCAGGUGAAUGACUUCAAAAAUCACCAGCUCCCUUUGGCCCGCAUCAAGAAGAUCAUGAAGGCCGAUGAGGAUGUCCGCAUGAUCUCCGCGGAGGCACCGAUUCUCUUCGCCAAGGCCUGCGAGCUCUUCAUUCUCGAGCUCACGAUGCGCUCCUGGCUUCACGCCGAGGAGAAUAAGCGCCGCACCCUCCAGAAGAACGACAUCGCUGCUGCAAUUACCCGCACUGAUAUCUUCGAUUUCCUUGUUGAUAUUGUGCCCCGCGACGAGAUCAAGGACGAGGCUGCUGGUAUUGGCGCCAUGGUUGGGGCCACCGCAAGCGGGGUUCCCUAUUACUAUCCCCCAAUGGGACAGCCCGCCGGGCCGCCUCCCCCUGGAGGCAUGAUGAUUGGGAGGCCAGCUAUGGACCCCAGUGUCUAUGUCCAGCCUCCAUCUCAGGCUUGGCAGAGCGUGUGGCAGACCGCGGCAGCCGCUGAGGAUACUUCCUAUGGUAGUGGAGGCAGCAGCGGGCAAGGCAAUCUCGACGGACAAGGCUAAGCAACCGUCUGAGUAUUGAGCCCAGGAUGCAGCUGAAGGCAGUGGAGCUUGCCAAUGCUAAUUGGGAAUUUUAUUUUCUUUGUUAUUAGUGAAUGCAGUUAUCUGCUAUUUUUUAUGGAAGAUACUUAUGAAUGUAAUCUCCUCAUCAGAAAACUUUUAACUUAAUUUAAUGCAGCGGAACAAUUGCUGCUGUGACUUAUCUAAUUAUAUCCAAUGUGCAGUUCUGGAUUUAAUGGUCCA